AUGGGCAAGGUCCCGAUCCGAUCUCGAACAGGCUGCUUAACGUGUCGACGCCGUAAGAAAAAGUGCGACGAACGGCAUCCCGUAUGCAGCGGAUGCGACAGAAACCGGCUUCCCUGUGAGUGGGUUUCUAAUGACCUGGUGCCUAGAACACGACGGCCACGUGGCCGUCGACAGCUCGCGGUGACCCAGCUACCACAUGAGGCACAGGCAAUGGUCAAUGUGUUUGCCGUUCCGAAGCCCGGGAUGGUGCAGCGACUGUUGUCACACUUUAUAGAUCACAGCCCGAGAUGGUUAUUAACCAGAACUGGGGAGCGGAGAUCCGACUUUCUGCAAUAUUUGCUUCCCGCGGUAUCGGGAAACCUAUUGGUUCAUAACUGCGUUCUUAUGAUCGCCUCGGCUGAUCUGGCCAAGUAUUGCCGCGACGACAUCGAAGUGCAAGCCGUAGCAGUAGAGUACUAUGGGAAAGCUGUUUCCGCUUUGCAGGGAUCGCUGAACGAGGACACGCGCAUAGUGCCUCAUCUCAACGCUGCCGCCGCACUCCUGCUUCGUCGCCUUCAUUACACCCCCGAAGACCUGGCCCUACGAAGUUUUUUGUUCGAACUAUUUUGUUACUAUUUCUCCCUGGUGGCCUUCUCGCAUGGCUCCAAACUUUCGCUUUGUCAAGCAUCCGCCAUUUUUAACUCUCCCAUUGUCACCCAGUAUCUCCAGCAAGGCAACGUCAUGGGCACCUCGCAGCGUCUCUUCAUGUGUAUCUUCCGAAUUUCUAUGUUGGUGGAGAAGGUCACAUCUGAGAGGCAGAUUCACGACUCACCGGCACGAGCAGAGCUUGUCAUGCUUGAAGAGCAGCUGAUCGCCUGGCAAGCUGAGCUUCCAAGUAGAAGGGACGCGGAUGUCGCUUGGCUGAACGAUGCAAUAACCUCUGAGCUCUACCGCCUGGCAUGUCUGAUAUAUAUCAAAAAGGUUCUAGACACCUGCUUGUCUGACCACAGCCCACCCAUUCAGGCGCUUGUUCUAGCAUUCGUUGAGCAUUUGGGCCAUCUGCCACCCGACGCACCGUCAAAUAACAUUCUUUGCUGGCCUUUAGUUGUUGCGGGGCUUUCUGCUGUAGUGGUUACCCACCAGCGGGCCAUUAGCACAAGGCUGGGCCAGAUCUAUGACAUAUGGCGCUCCGACAUACUUUGUCAGAGUGCCGCAUUUCUACGACAGAAGUGGCGCGAUGAUCGCAAUCAUUCCGCAGCGGCCUCGUACGGAGAGCAUGAGAAGGGUCAAAACGACUCACCGGUUGCGAUCAAUGAUAUACUCAAGCUUCAGUUCCCGGUCAUUCUGGUUUAG